CAAAGAGGAACAACUCUCACUGACUAAGAAUGGCAGCGCGGCAGACGACAUUUACGUGUGCUUGCUUUUAUGUUGACAACAUCUUCAUCAGCAAGUACAAACUGCACGUUUCGUAUGAAAAUAAAACUCAGUUCAUUAGCAACUAUGCACAGAUUUUGAGGAAAAGAGGAUGUGUGACUGAAGAUCAGUUUGAAGCAGUGGUGACUGAGAUUGAAGCAGAAAUUGCUAGGAGAAGGUCUUUAGGGUUUGAGUCCCUAAGGCGAGAAGCUGAGAUCAGGGAAAGGUUCACUCCACUUCACAAAGAAGUUUAUUAUUUGAAGGAGGAUUAUCUGGAUCCUGACUUCCUGCAUAUUGUGUUACAAGCCAAGACAGCCACCAGUAUCCAGUCUGUUUCACACCUGAUGGAAACACUGGGUGAGGGUCUAUUCAGACUGCCUGUGUUCACAAAGCAGUUUUGUCACCUGCUACUAGAUGAGCUAGAUGCAAUAGAAAAAAGUGACUGUCCCAAGGGACGACCAAACAGCAUGAACAAAUCUGGGAUUCUUCUCAAUGAAUAUGGAUUUGACACCUAUCUGCUAGGCCCUUUGAGACAGCACUAUCUGGCCCCUGUAACUUCACUUCUCUUUCCUAAUUCUGGAGGCAUCUGCUUGGACUCGCACAAAGCUUUCACUGUAACCUAUGGAUCUGGCCACGACCUUGACCUCAGCUGUCACUUUGACAACAGUGAAGUGACCUUGAAUGUGGCCUUGGGUUAUGAUGGAUUUUCUGGAGGUCAUUUAGUUUUUGGAAGAAUGAAGGAUGAGCUAGCCUCACAGGAUAGUCUCAAAACUCCGCUUCAUGUAGAGCAUCGAACUGGCUGGGGAGUUCUUCAUCGAGGAGGACAUAUGCACAGUGCUGAGAAGCUGCUUGGUGGUAAGCGGUGCAAUUUGAUCAUGUGGAUGCGGUCUUCUGCUGUGCGCAAUGUUACCUGUCCCAUGUGCAGUCAGCCACCACAACUGUUGCCAACUCCUGGUGCAGAUGAUGGUUUCACAAUUCAGGAUCAAGGGACACAAAUAACUGUUCCAAGACAACGUGAAGUGGAUGUAUGUCAUGCAUUAUGAAAGUUGUUCUUUAAGAUGUGUUGUGACAUUAUGGAAUGAUUUUUAUGAGUUUCUGUGACAUAAUAGGGGGUGUGGAGAGCCUAGUGGUUAGAGCAGCAAAGUCAGAACCUAAAAUUAUGAACACUAGCCAAGUCGGAUACCCAGUUGAUACAGCAUACUUCCUUCAGUUGAUACAGAAUACUUCCUGCAGGUGAUGCAGCUGUGGAGUGGGGACCUGAUUGUGUACAGGGUUGGGGAAUGUGAAGCAGUGAGGGAGAGAAGAUCCAUCCUCACAAAAGCUUGCUGUCAGAUAAUAAAGGGCUUUAACAUCUCACUGCCCUAUAACCUUAUCGUUGCAAAACUAUUGUCUCUUUUUUAUUACAUGGUGUACAUAGAACAUUUCUGUGAAUGGACUGGUAAGUAGAAAUGUCUAGCAUAAGGUAAACAUGAUUCAUACUAACCUAAUAAAAGAAUGAAGUAAACAUCCAAUCUUGUAAAACAAUAUCAUUUUCUAUUCUGAUAUAAAGCAUUUUUGAGUGAAUUCAUGAUGAUGACCAUAAUGAGCAAUUGUCUGCGUACAUGUAUAAGCUCAGAUGUAUUGGUUUGUUCAAGAUAUAGCUUAAGGCCAAGAUUAUGUAUAGAGCACAGAUAAGACACACUUGAAAACAUAUUUGUCUGUUAGGUACACAGCUGUAAACUCAUGAGAACAAAAAAGCCAUAGCUGAUUAUAAUGUGUGUCCUUCUUCAUUUCCUGGACCAUACCAUAUCACAAGGAGUUGAAAAAUAUAAACACCUUAUGUCAAUGGAAAA